GUGCAGGCAGUCUGAGGUGCAGCAUGCCCUUCACAAGACGCAGGGCUUCCUUUCUGGGGCAGCAGCCCUCUACUUCUGCAGCGGAGAGUGCGAGCACCGGCAGCCGUAGGGUUAGCAUUGGUGGGGCAGGCAGCCUUUCAAGGCCGUCGGGGGUUUAUGUGGGAAUUGUGCCAACAGGAGGUGUCAGCAGCCUGGGCACCCGGGUGUCCCGCAGAGCUCUGGGUAUAAGCAGCGUCUUCUUACAAGGCCUCCGUAGCUCUUGCUCAACUGUCCCAUUGCCCCAGGGGCUGGAAAGAGGACGGGGCCUAUCUUACGAGAGCCUGAAUGGGUGCCUGGUGGACUACAUUGAAAAGGUGAGAGCUUUAGAGCAGGUCAACCAGGAGCUCGAAGACCGCAUCCGAGUUUACCUGAACAAGAAAUCUUCCAGCGCCAACAACUGGGGAGCCCUGAGAGAGAGCUGGGAGACCAUCUACCACCAAGUGAGUAUGAAAACUUCUGGCAAGAAAGACAAAGAGAACAAAGAGAACAAAGAGUUUCUAAUGCCAGUGAUAAGAACACAGCUUCGUUGUAGGGUCGGCGAUGCAGUCAUGGAAAAUGCCCGGCUUAUGUUACAGACAGAAAAUAUUCAAGCCUGUGCUGAAGACGUUAAGGACAGGUAUGAAAAUGAGCAACCGUUCCGAAAGGCAGUGGAAGAUGAAAUUAAUUCUCUCUAUAAAGUGAUUGAUGAUGCUAAUUUGACCAAGGUGGACCUGGAGAGCCAGAUCGAAAACAUGAAAGAAGAAUUAACUUUACUGUCAAAGAAUCAUGAAGAGGAUGUCAAGAUGCUUUACAAGCAGCUUGCUGUCUCACCACUGGAAGAACUAGAUACUCCCAUUGGAACAGGCCUGGAUGACAUACUGGAUAAAAUCCGGAUUCAUUGGGAGAAAGAUAUUGAAAGGAACCGUAUUGAGACUGGCGCCUUGCUCCACACCAAGCAAGCCACAGAAACAGCACCUUCUGUACGGACACAAGAGGAGGAACUGGUUGAAUCCCUGAGGGUAGAGUUUCAUGAAACAGCUUGCAAAAUCCAAAGCCUGCAAGCAGAGACUGAAUCACUGAGAACUCUGAAGAGAGGUUUGGAGAACUCCCUCUAUGAUGCCAAGCACUGGCAUGACAUAGAGCUUCAGAAUUUAGGUUCUGUCAUCACCAAACUGGAAGCAGAAGUAGGAGAAAUCCGAGCGGAGACUGAACAGCAGCAGAGGGAUCGCGAAACUCUGCUGUCCAUUAAAACACAGCUGGAGAAAGAUAUCACUGCGUAUCACUGCCUUCUAGACAAAGAAGAGAGCAGCUGAUUUUCAAAUUUGUUGUCUUCAGAAGACAAUUACUGUUGCUCAAAGCGCAGGAUGAUCUCACUGGCAAAAGUGUCCAUGGAAACGAUGAAAGCCAAUGCAGCCUGCUCCAACUUGAUUCGUCAACUUAAGUAGGCCACAGCUUGACCGACUACACUAGGCAUCCCCACGUAUGAUUGCUUUGCU